CCGCCACGAAGCCAUGCGGCGCCCCCUGGCGGCUGGGAGGUGCGUGGGGUGAGGAGGCGGGCGUUCCUGUUAAAAUGUCAGUUCUCGAUCGGGGCGUCGUCAUUCCGCGUGUCGCCCGCCAGGUUCAGUUCGUGUGAUCAAUAGAGCACCUUGGUCCAGGCAGCCGCAGGCAGUAAGAGAGCAGAGCCACCUGACAGACACGCCAAGACGACUCUACAAGAAAGGUGUCAAGCUGCAAGGCCACACCAAGAAGUUAGGAGGCCGUUUGUAACAGAAGAAGAAGAGAAGAAACAAAACAAAACAAAAAAAGAAAACUUUAGUUCUUAGUUCGCAGAUGACAAUUGAAACAACAAUUUUAAAACAUUAAAACAAAAGGUAAGUUGAUUGUUUCCGUUGAUUUUUAAAAAAUAAUAUUUGUUGCGAACAAAAAAAAGAAAAGUAGGUUCCCUUUAGUUAAUUUUUUUAUUUUUAUUUUCUUUUAAUUACUUCCCUUUCUUGAUAUUUUAUGCCCAUUGACAUAAAGUUUCAUUAUGACUAAUGUCUUGUUCAAAUAUCUGAUACAUCAAUCUUGUUCAAAUAUCUAAUAUAUCAGUUCUAUGCUUGGUAAGUUGUCGUAUAUCCAAGUCCACUUUAAAAAAAAAAACAGUUCUGCUAAAGGCUACUUUCGGUUAAGUAAGUCAGUUAGGAAGAAUCGUUUAUGAUUAGGCCUGGAAACAUACGGCCCGCGGGCCACAUGCGGCCCGCGAAGUAACGAAAUAUUCUUAAUUCUUAUUACGUUCUUAAGAGCUUUCCCCUUGUCCUAUUUUCUUUUGGCCCCCACGUCCUUGUUUUUUUUUCUUUUGGCCCGCACAAGUUGUUCAUUAAGUCUUAGUAUUACGGCCCGCCUUACAUUUUGAGUAGUGCAGGCCUGGUUUAGAUCUAGAUUAUCUUGGUUGUCUUUAUUUGCCAGUCAUAUACCACCCACCACCCCCACCACCCUGACCUUCAAUUUAAGUUUGUUCAUUACGUCAAACCAACUCAUUGGAAGACAAUUGUUUAAACUCAUUGUUUGUAACAAACCAAUUGUUAAACUUGUUAAACUUGAACUUUAAGAUAUCCAUCACUUCAUUACAUCUUCUUGUGACACUUUUGACAUCUGAUGAAGUGUUCAAGACCACUGCGCAUUUUGCCUUUGUACUGUAGUUGUACUCAAGUUUGUAUUUGUGUUGCGUUUAUUCUUUGCAUUCCAUUUAUGUUUUGUAUUCCAUUUAAUCUAUGUAUUGCAUUUAUUUUUUCAACAAACCCAAUUUUUUUCCCUAAAGUUAGAUUUAAACUUCAACAUCUGCUUUGAAAUGUCCCGCCAUAUUGUUUAAUCACUCUAAGCUAUACAUUAUAUUUCUACAAUCUUUUUGUUAAUUUGUUUUGUUUCACUACUUUGGUCAUGUUCCAGGAUUAUUAUUAUUUUAUUUUUUUUGCUCGUAACUACAACUUUCUUGAUAAUAGGCAGGCUCUAUAACUCAUUUUGUUUUCAAACGCGCACCCUUCUUCACGCAUGUGAUGUCACUCUUUAAGGGCAAGCCUUAUUCGCGUGUCAGCGUUUGAUGUAACAGAUGCCCCUUCUCUCAGUUCCCAUGAGCCCUCAGUGACAAAUACAUUACAACGUAUACAAUGAGGGCGUGGUGAACUUCUACUUCUCGCCAUUAUCUCAGAGGCAAAUCGCCAUUGUUUUCUCGGACCGUAAAUAAAAAAAAAUAUCCUAAACCAGCUUACUGCCCCCCUCCCCCCACCGUUUAGAACAUCUUAAUAGUUUCACAUAUUCGGACUAAUUCAUGGGGGUCCGAGUGCCAGGGUCGGUAAGUCGGCCUAAGACUUUGGGAACCGCUGGUUUUGGAUAAAUUUUUUUUAAAAGUGACAAUCCAUUGGGGCUGUCGACUCGCGAAUUUUGCUUCCAAAACUUUAGCAGACAAAUUUGACACCAUCGUGCCGUCCACAGUUAAUGCCUGGACAUUGUCCAAAGCUAUUGCAUGUCUAAUGUUAGAGACGUGUUUUGUGUCUAUUUGCUUAGAGGCGAUACCAUGCUAACCUUGACAUUUCUUACCUAGUUUUUUUUUUAAAAUCCUUUAUAUUAACUUCGCUUUUGUCCGUGGCUGGUUGGCAAAAUCUUCGGACCGCUAAUUGACUAUUUUCCCGUCAACCUAUCAAGCUGAAACUUUGGCACUUAGACUCGUUGUUGAUGACAACACAUUCUAACAAUUUGUCAGCUCCAACCUCUACGAAUCAGUUUUUCCUAUUUUGUCUAGAAGAAUAUGUAAGACAUAUGAUGCCAAUGAUUUCACGAAAUAAAAUUCCCGAUAACUGCGCUAAAUUAGAUUCUAAAAAUAAAAAAUAAUACCGCAAGUGCCUUUAGUGCGUAAUAUUUACUUUUGUUUUUUUCUGACAUUGUGCAAUAAAUCUGUGAUGCAAAAGUCGUAAGAAUAUUACUUAAGUUCAGGGGCGUGCAAAAUAUGAGCGGUUGUGGGGCUGGGGUGGGGGUGCACUCACUGGGAUUCUUAUAAAGUGCGUUACUUUUAUGCAUGUUUUUUUCUCUCCAUCAAAUUGUCAGCUCCAUCCCUAUAUCACAUGAUUCCAUUUGAUGAAAGGUUGAUCAGAAAACCUUUGGUGUUAGGGUUUAUACAAUUGUGAUUGAUAUGUGAGUUUGGAUGCUUCGAAGUCGGCAGAGGCUCGUCGGAAACAUGAUUUAGUAGGAAGAGUUUAAAAUUAGGUUUCGUCUAUGUCAAUAACUACGUGAAACCAGUGCUGGGACAACAGCUUUUAGAAGAACUUGUCUAUGCGCUGUGAUGCUAGGCAAGCUGCUUAUAAGUUAUUUAGACAACAGUUGCUGUAACAUGUAAGUCGCACAAAGUUUUGGUCAGAUGAAAAAAAAAACAUACGUGGUGUUUCAUAACCUUCAUAUUUUAUUACAUUUCGGAAUCGAAAAUAGUGAAUCAUGAAAAUCAUUAUCAAACAACUUCUGUCACAAGACUCAUCUCAUUGUGGCCCACGGUUUUGAAUGUUUAUCAAACAACUUCUGUCACAAGACUCAUCUCAUUGUGGCCCACGGUUUCCCAUCACAGCGUACAACCGAACAGCGCAAAAUUCCAUUUUAAUGGGUUUUCAGACUUGAAAGAGUUUUGAUAUACAGAACAGACAAGAACUUCAAUGUUCUCUUAGAGUACUCUAAGGUGUAGAGCCGUCGCCUGACUUUUGAGCCCUCUGCCACUUUUAGGUUUUGUUAACCCAACAUUGAAAGCUGAUACUUAAAUAUUUGUUUACAUCGCAACUUUGGGGUCCUUAAAUAUCCGAGCCCCCUCCCCACUUUUUUGUUGCAGGGCCAACGAGACAGCUCUGCUAAAAUAACGCCUCAUCACUUUUCGUACCCACCCUAUGCAAUCUCAACACAAAUUUUUGGCAUGUUGGCUGCGAGAGUACAGUGCGUUGUGUGUGUGUGUGUUAGCUGCGUGUUUGAGACUAACCUAAAACUUCGAAUAAUGUCAAAAUACGGACACCUGAAACGAACCAAAACCAAACAAAAAUUUCAUUUAAAAAAUAACAACUGAAUCUUUGUUUAAUGAACAACAAAAUCCCCUACAAGCGAUCCUUUGUAGAAUGCUAUCUAAGGCAGAAUACGACAAGUAGUUUGUCCAAUAGGCAUCGACCAGCGAGUCCAUUCUGCCUGCCACAAUCACCGUGUUAAAGAGAACAAAAUACCACAGCUAUUGUUGAAAGCAGAAAGUAGAUUUAAAAAGAUAAUAAAGCUUUGGAGCAGUGUAACUCGCGGUCCUUACACUAAACGAAUGAAUUUUCUUUCUACGAAUCGUUUUCAUGUUGGAUUGUGGGACUUCAGGUGGUAAACAUUCCAGAAAAUGCGAAUACGAUGCGAGCAAGAAUUUUCUGUUGUUUUUUUUUUCCAAUUGAGUUUCUAGUUUCAUGGGAAAAGUCAUGAACUCGACAAUGCGCGUGGUGAUAGUAGACCAUAAACGAGAGAAGGGGGGACACUAGAGUGACAGAAGUAAUAGAGAAAUAUAAGAGAGAAAGGACACCUUUAGAAUGAUAGAAGUAAUAUAGAGAUGUAACAGAGGGAAAGGGCACCUUUAGAAUGAAAUAAGUAUUGUAGAGACGUAACAGAGAGAAAGGAUACAUUUAGAAUGACAGAAGUAAUGUAGAGAUGUAACAGAGAGAAAAGACACAUUUAGAAUGACAGAAGUAAUUUAGAGAUGUAACAGAGAGAAAAGACACAUUUAGAAUGACAGAAGUAAUGUAGAGAUGUAACAGAGAGAAAAGACACAUUUAGAAUGACAGAAGUAAUUUAGAGAUGUAACAGAGAGAAAAGACACAUUUAGAAUGACAGAAGUAAUGUAGAGAUGUAACAGAGAGAAAAGACACAUUUAGAAUGACAGAAGUAAUUUAGAGAUGUAACAGAGAGAAAGGACACCUUUAGAAUGACAGAAGUAAUGUAGAGAUUAACAGAGAGAAAGGACACCUUUAGAAUGACAGAAGUAAUGUAGAGAUGUAACAGAGAGAAAAGACACAUUUAGAAUGACAGAAGUAAUGUAGAGAUUAACAGAGAGAAAGGACACCUUUAGAAUGACAGAAGUAAUGUAGAGAUGUAACAGAGAGAAAGGACACCUUUAGAAUGACAGAAGUAAUGUAGAGAUGUAACAGAGAGAAAGGACACCUUUAGAAUGACAGAAGUAAUGUAGAGAUGUAACAGAGAGAAAGGACACAUUUAGAAUGACAGAAGUAAUGUAGAGAUGUAACAGAGGGAAAGGACACCUUUAGAAUGACAGAAGUAAUGUAGAGAUGUAGCAGAGAGAAAGGACACCUUUAGAAUGACAGAAGUAAUGUACACAUGUAACAGAGAGAAAGGACACCUUUAGAAUGACAGAAGUAAUUUAGAGAUGUAACAGAGAGAAAGGACACCUUUAGAAUGACAGAAGUAAUGUAGAAUAGCACCGUCUCGUCUAAGCCACACACCGGCGGCGCGUUUGGCCUUCUCGUCAUUUACUCUCCAUAACUGUCUUGGCGUAAGGAAACACAUUUCACUGUCUUGGUCGUCAGCAGGUUAAGUCCACCGCCUUAGACACCGUAUUGUCUUCCGGGGACAAUGAGCACUGUGACGUCAUCAAUUUCCCUAGUCUUUGAAUGAGGCCUGAGUGAAAAUUGUACCGGAAUAUCCAUUCAUAAAUGGUUCAUUUCCAUGAGUUUAUCCAGCUUAACUUGUGAGUGAGAUAACAUAGAACAUAUAUUGUGUGAAUAUGCCAGGCUUAACUUGUGAGUGAGAUAACAUAGAACAUAUAUUGUGUGAAUAUGCCAGGCUUAACUUGUGAGUGAGAUAACAUAGAACAUCUAUUGUGUGAAUAUGCCAGGCUUAACUUGUGAGUGAGAUAACAUAGAACAUCUAUUGUGUGAAUAUACCAGGCUUAACUUGUGAGUGAGAUAACAUAGAACAUCUAUUGUGUGAAUAUGCCAGGCUUAACUUGUGAGUGAGAUAACAUAGAACAUUUAUUGUGUGAAUAUGCCAGGCUUAACUUGUGAGUCAGAUAACAUAUAACAUUUAUUGUGUGAAUAUAUCAGGUUUAACUUGUGAGUGAGAUAACAGAAAUCAUGUGUGUGCAUAUAUCUAGUUUAACUUGUGAGUGACAUAACAUAGAACCAUGCUGUAGGUCUACAGACCUCAGACAGAUAGGUAAUAUAGGACAAUGCUGUAGGUCUACAGACCUCAGACAGAUAGGUAAUAUAGGACAAUGCUGUAGGUCUACAGACAGACAGGUUAUAUAGGACACUGGUGUAGGUCAAGAGGCAUCAGACACAUAGGGGACGGGCACUGUAAAAAAAUGUUCCCUUUGACUUCGUGGGUGUCUUAAAUCCCAUGGCAUCUUUACAAAGGUGAUCGUUUGUUGUUGUUUUUUUUUUUGUUUUUUUUUUCUUUUGUGUGUGUUAAUGACUUGACGAAAUGCACCAGUCAAAAGAUAAGCCCUAGACAAUAGGAGAUAAUACGGUGAAACGAAACGAGCUGGAAAUUAAAUGAGGGACUUUUUUCUUUGAGUGUUAAUGAAAGCGUUGAGGGAAAUUAAAUGAGGGACUUUUUUCUUUGAGCGUUAAUGAAAGCGUUGAAGGAAAUUAAAUGAGGGACUUUUUUCUUUGAGCGUUAAUGAAAGCGUUGAAGGAAAUUAAAUGAGGGACUUUUUUCUUUGAGCGUUAAUGAAAGCGUUGAAGGAAAUUAAAUGAGGGACUUUUUUCUUUGAGUGUUAAUGAAAUUGUUGAAGGAAAUUAAAUGAGGGACUUUUUUCUUUGAGCGUUAAUGAAAGCGUUGAGGGAAAUUAAAUGAGGGACUUUUUUCUUUGAGCGUUAAUGAAAGCGUUGGAGGAAAUUAAAUGAGGGACUUUUUUCUUUGAGUGUUAAUGAAAUUGUUGAAGGAAAUUAAAUGAGGGACUUUUUUCUUUGAGUGUUAAUGAAAGCGUUGAGGGAAAUUAAAUGAGGGACUUUUUUCUUUGAGCGUUAAUGAAAGCGUUGAAAACGUAAUUAUAAAUUUAAAAAUAAAACGAAACAAAGCAAGAAGAAAUAUAAAAUCUAUUAUAAAUGCAAUAAUGCACGAUGAUAAAUAAUACCCUGAGCUUUCAAAGAUUUGAAUAUGUAUGCUAGAGUAGUUCCAUUUUAAUAAUACAUCCAUGCCUGGUUGUGUGAGAUGAACACAUACAAACACGAAAUAAAACAGUGGCCAGCAAGGUUGAUAGAUUGAUCAUAGAUCACUGUCCCGAUAAAUCGUUAUGGUUGUAUAUGUUAUUCGAGCUAUAUUAGUCUGAGUCUUUCUACUUUCUUUCCCUCUUUUAAGUCUGUUUCCAAUACCUCUCUCGAUUUCUCUCUUCCUCUCUCUCUCUCUUUUAUUCUCACUCUUUUUCUUUCUUCCUCUGUCUCUUUUCCCUCCUAUCCUCUCUCUCUCUCUCUCACUCUCUCUUUAUGGGCAUUUAUCUAUGUAUAUAGCGCACCAUCUUAGUUAACAAUCUUUAACUUUUAUCUGGAAUCUCUAUUUCUCAAAAUGUGCCCCCUCCCCCAACACACACCCUAAUUUCUAUCUCUUCCUCCUUCUCCCCCCCCCCUGGUCCCAUCUCCUUCUCAUGUCCUCCCGGCCUCCUUCUCCGCCUCCUUUCGUCCCACCUCCCUCAUCCUAAAUUGAUGGGCAGUGUAUUGCCGCCCUCUUUGCCGUCAUGAACAGUUCCGACGACUGCCCACAAAAAACCGUGUGUACGGUGAAAUUAAUCAACUGAAAGGAAACCCAAGCGAAGGUUCACGGUUUCGGCGCUAAAAAAAAAAGUUAAAAAUAAUUCCCAUUUACAGAAACAAGGGGGUUCAAAAUUUUUACCCCAUCGGUCGGAUUAAAAGGGGAUUACACAAGUUUUUUUCGCCCAUUUUGGAUUCAUCGCGGGGUUAUUUCUCUAAUUGAGCGUGGGGAGAUUGUGUGCACGGCGAGAGAUUAUGGGGAUUUCAAAAACAAUGUCACUUGUUAAACAGCGGUAAAAAUUGGCGUUACAUUAUACGUCAUCAACAAAAGAUGCCUGUGAACGUCAGGGUGGUCCUCAGAUUGUGAUCUGAGUGGGGUCUGUCUCGGUAGGGUUGCGAUCCUGCAUUUAUGGUACGCGAAAUAAAUCCCUUCAGGUUUUGAUCACAAAUAAUGCAGGAUAGAGCUUGAGCUCUCAAACAGUACAGGACAGUGAUUGAGCUCUCAAAUAAUACAGGACAAGGCUAAAGAUCUCAAAUAGUACAGGAUAGAGCUUAAGCUGUCAAGUAGUACAUGAAAGAGCUAGAGCUCUCAAAUAGUACAGGACAAGGCUAGAGCUCUCAAGUAGUACAGGAAAGAGCUAGAGCUCUCAAAUAGUACAGCAAAGAGCUAGAGCUCUCAAAAGUACAGGACAAGGCUAGAGCUCUCAUAUAAUACAGCAAAGAGCUAGAGCUCUCAAAAGUACAGGACAAGGCUAGAACUCUCAAAAAGUACAGGAGUACAGGACAGAGCUAGAGCUCUCGAACAGAAGGAUGAAUGUAUAAAUGUAAAUAUUUUCAAGCAUUAAAUAGUUCAAUUUUUCACCUUUUCUCACUGUUGUCCCGAGGCAAAUGCCUAGUUUGCCUAGCCCUUGCCCCAGUCGUGGCACAGAACAUGGUGCUUGAAUGUACUUUAAUCAAUACAUAUAAUUCUCUGGGUAUGAAAGAAGGGAUUUUAUUUUAUUCAGACCUUUGAUAACAAAAUGAUAAUAAUAAAAAAAUAGAAAGUAAAAAAAAAAAAAAAGAGAGAGACCAUGUUUAAAGAACUGCAUAUUCCUACUGAAUUUGCCUAAUUCAUAUUUAAUUCGAGGAACUAGAUUCCAAAUUUUUAAAAAAAAAAUUCAUUGGACCUUUAUAUUGCAGUUAGAUUCGGUUCCCCAUAUUUCAAUAUUGUAUUUGUAUUCGUUUGCGCACUUAGCGUGCAACUAUAUGUGAACGCAUUUCAUUAAAAAAAAAAUACACAAAAAUGACACACAAAUGUCAUGCCAGAUGUCGAUCUCUGAAACAAAUGAUUUGCCAGACACAAAUGACGUGCCAGAUGUCAGAUCUCUGACACACAAAUGACGGGCCAGACACAAAUAACGUGCCAGAUGUCAGAUCUCUGACACAAAAAUGACGUGCCAGACAUAAAUGACAUGCAAGAUGUCAGAUCUCCGCCUAGUGAUAAAAGGAUACAUUGUAGACCUCGAUCACAGGAUUUUUGUUCGUCGCCUCUUCGUUACUCACUGCGAACAUUUUGUUUGCUACAAUUUGUAAUAAACCGAAUGUAGUAGUAGAAGUACCCUGGUCACAAACAACAAAAUUAGAAUGUAGUAGUAGUAGUACCCUGACCACAAACAACAAAAUUAGAAUGUAGUAGUAGUACCCUGGUCACAAAAAACAAAAUUAGAAUGUAGUAGUAGUACCCUGACCGCAAACAACAAAAUUAGAAUGUAGUAGUAGUACCCUGACCGCAAACAACAAAAUUAGAUUGUAGUAGUAGUACCCUGACCGCAAACAACAAAAUUAGAAUGUAGUAGUAGUACCCUGACCGCAAACAACAAAAUUAGAUUGUAGUAGUAGUACCCAGGUUACAAACAACAAAAUUAGAAUGUAGUAGUAGUACCCUGGUCACAAAUAGCAAAAUUAGAAUGUAGUAGUAGAACCCUGGUCGCAAACAACAAAUUUAAAAUGUAGUGGUAGUACCCUGGUCACAAACAACAAAAUUAGAUUGUAGUAGUAGUACCCUGGUUGCAAACAACAAAGUAAGAAUGUAGUAGUAGUACCCUGGUCACAAAAUACAAAAUUAGAUAGUAGUAGUAGUACCCUGGUCACAAACAACAAAAUUAGAUUGUAGUAGUAGUACCCUGGUCGCAAACAGCAAAGUUAGAAUGUAGUAGUAGUACCCUGGUCACAAACAACCAAAUUAGAUUGUUAUCAUGGUCACACAAAUGUCAUGCCAGAUGUCGAUCUCUGAAACAAAUGAUUUGCCAGACACAAAUGACGUGCCAGAUGUCAGAUCUCUGACACACAAAUGACAGGCCAGACACAAAUGACGUGCCAGAUGUCAGAUCUCUGACACACAAAUGACGGGCCAGACACAAAUGACAUACCAGAUGUCAGAUCUCCGCCUAGUGAUAAAAGGAUACAUUGUAGACCUCGAUCACAGGAUUUUUGUUCGUCGCCUCUUCGUUAAUCACUGCGAACAUUUUGUUUGCAACAAUUUGUAAUAAACCGAAUGUAGUAGUAGAAGUACCCUGGUCACAAAAAACAAAAUUAGAAUGUAGUAGUAGUAUCCUGGUCACAAAAAACAAAAUUAGAAUGUAGUAGUAGUACCCUGGUCACAAACAACAAAGUUAGAUUGUAGUAGUUGUACCCUGGUCACAAAAAACAAAAUUAGAAUGUAGUAGUAGUACCAUGAUCACACAAAAAAAAUAGAAUGUAGUAGUAGUACCCUGACCGCAAACAACAAAGUUAGAUUGUAGUAGUUGUACCCUGGUCACAAAAAACAAAAUUAGAAUGUAGUAGUUGUACCCUGGUCACAAAAAACAAAAUUAGAAUGUAGUGGUAGUACCAUGGUCACAAAAAACAAAAUUAGAAUGUAGUAGUUGUACCCUGGUCACAAAAAACAAAAUUAGAAUGUAGUAGUUGUACCCUGGUCACAAAAAAACAAAAUUAGAAUGUAGUAGUAGUACCAUGGUCACAAUAAACAAAAUUAGAAUGUAGUAGUUGUACCCUGGUCACAAAAAACAAAAUUAGAUUGUAGUAGUUGUACCCUGGUCACAAAAAACAAAAUUAGAUUGUAGUAGUAGUACCCUGGUUACAAACAACAAAAUUAGAAUGUAGUAGUUAGUACCCUGGUCACAAAAACAACAAAAUUAGAAUGUAGUAGUUAGUACCCUGGUCACAAACAACAAAGUUAGAAUGUAGUAAUAGUACCCUGGUCACAAACAACAAAGUUAGAAUGUAGUAGUUAGUACCCUGGUCACAAACAACAAAGUUAGAAUGUAGUAGUAGUACCCUGGUCGCAAACAACCAAAUUUGAUUGUUAUCAUGGGCGUCUUAAAAAAAGUUAGGCCCUGGCGUUAUGGCAGGAAUGUUAAAAAAAGCGUGGGGUAGAAUUGUAUACGUAGUUUUGAUGCCAGUGGCGGAUCCAUGUUAAAUGAGGGGGAUAAGGGGUGGGUGGGGGCAAGAUAAAUGACAUUGUCAAGUGUUAACACCAAGAGCAAUGUCUAAGUUAUUUCCUACAUGACAGCGGGUAGGGGGAAAGAAUUCAUCCCCCACACUCACACACCAAUUCUGAUCUCCACACGCCCCCCACCCACCACAUACUUCACUCUGCCUCUGACUAUGAUUGUGUCUCAACAGAUCUUUUUGAGUGAUUACCGAUGCCAUGCUGAGAAAUUAAUUUGUCCGAAGUCUUACAACCGUCUGUCCAGUAGUAUCUAGGUCUGCAUCUGAUGCCAAGAGACAAACAUUCAACUGAUCACAACAGUCGGCCUUUUUAGUUGUUGUUUUUUUGUUUUUUUUUUGAGGGGGUGGGGGUGUGGAUCGAAAACUGUGGUUUACCUACGGGGAGGGAAAAUGGGGUGGACAUUGGUGUCAAAGAGGAAUGAGGGAUCACCUUGUUCAUAAUAAAGUUAAAUGUAAGUGAUGAGACUUCAAGAAUCACACGCUCUAUAUUUAACAAGGAUUUGUAACAAAUAUAUAUAAAAAAGGGGUGUGUCUAGCGAACUUCCGGAAUGAAAAAAAAAAAAAGCAAAACAUUAAAACAAUAAAAAAUCGUAUGAAUACAUUUUCUAAUUGGCUUUUUAACACAGUGAAUCUAACUGGCAGUGUGUCAUUGUCAAAUGUGUACACAUCAGCAGGGUGAGAACUUUCUCGUUACCAGCAGUGGCGUCUGCAUAAGUAACGUUUAGUAAGAUGUCGUGAAAUAAGCGAUCUGCAGACGUCCCUGUUUUUUAUUCAGCCCCCGUUUCGAAGAUUGGACCACGUCCACUGCAGGAUAGGUCAACUAAGGAUCCGUCAUAACUGGCCUCGUGAAAUGUCUCGACAGACUAUAAGCCACGUCCACUGCAGGAUAGGUCAACUAAGGAUCCGUCAUAACUGGCCUCGUGAAAUGUCUCGACAGACUAUAAGCCACGUCCACUGCAGGAUAGGUCAACUAAGGAUCCGUCAUAACUGACUUGGUGAAAUGUCUCGACAGACUAUAAGCCACGUCCACUGCAGGAUAGUUCAACUAAGGAUCCGUCAGAACUGACUUGGUGAAAUGUCUCGACAGACUAUAAGCCACGUCCACUGCAGGAUAGGUCAACUAAGGAUCCGUCAUAACUGGCCUCGUGAAAUGUCUCGACAGACUAUAAGCCACGUCCACUGCAGGACAGGUCAACUAAGGAUCCGUGAGAACUGGCUUGGUGAAAUGUGUCGACAGACUAUAAGCCACGUCCACUGCAGGAUAGGUCAACUAAUGAUCCGUCAGAACUGGCUUGGUGAAAUGUGUCGACAGACUAUAAGCCACGCCAUGUCCGCUCCGGGUAACCUGCAAGUUAGAGAGAUUCUGUCGAAAACAUGUGUGAGGACAAAACAUCCAACGGUUUUUAUAUUGUUUUAUUCGUUUUAAAGUUAUGAACCCAAAUGGAACAGUUCAUUUGCCGGGUCAUCCACAGGCCACUCUUGGUUGGAGUCUACUUAACAUUCUCACGAUGCCAUGCCUCAAACUUGAUACAAUACAUUCAAAUUAAAUUUAUUUAACAACACGAAAAUAAAAUAUGUGCGGCCUAAUCCUCCCCCCCCCCACAUACACACACACACGCACGCACUCUUUUCUUUUCCUGACUUCGGAAUAUUUUAAAUUUUAAAAAAAAAUUAUUUGUUUUUAAAUUAUUAUUAUUAUGAUAAUUAAAAAAUAAAUUAUUUAAUUAUAAUAAUAAUAAUGUUUUAAUUUUUUGGGUUAUGCAUCAAAUAGUCCACCCCACCACCCCACACACAAAUCGUCCCCCACAGUACUGAUGGCGUUGAUGCUAUCUUGGCUAAUUCCAAUCUUGGCCUGCAAUGGGUGCUGUGUUGGUUUGGGUACGGAGGAACUUCCCUGAAACCAAACCAUGUGCCGUAAAUAGACGUGAGAAACGUAGUACUAGGGAUAAGUGUCGGUCGCUAAGCUCUUAUAGCACAGCCAAUCAAUGGCAAUGAUACGGCUCGACUUGUUUUGGUGGUAACGUUAUUUUUAGCAUGUCUUCGACGUCACACUGGUGAACAUUUCAGUAAGUAAACAUAAACUUUUUUUUUUAGAUAGAAUUUCCAAUUGGCACACCGGCAGCGGUGCAAGAUACUGACACCCUUUCUUUUUCUAUCUCUCUUUCCCACGCGCACAAAACUCAUCCUCUCUUCAUUUCUCCAUUGCUCGGUCUUCUUGAAAAUCUAUCUCUUUUUCUGUGGGUUUGAUCUCCCUUUCAACAUCCUUGUACAUAAAUAUAUGUCUCACCCUCCAAAUCUCUCUUUCCCUCUCUCUUUCCCUCUCUCUUUCUCUCUCUCUUUCUCUCUCUCUUUCUCUCUCUCUUUCUCUCUUUCUUUCUCUCUUUCUUUCUCUCCCUUUUUAUCUCACUAUUUCCCUUUAUCUCUCUUUCUCGUUCACUAUCUCUCCCUCUCCGCUAACAUUAUAUUUGAGCCCAUAUGUUAUAUGUAACAAGUCAAAGUAGCCCAUAUGUUAUAUGUAACAAGUUAAAGUAGCCCAUAUGUUAUAUGUAACAAGUUAAAGUAGCCCAUAUGUUAUAUGUAACCAGUUAAAGUAGCCCAUAUGUUAUAUGUAACAAGUUAACGUGUAUUAUUAUAAUGUUACAUAUUUGAAGUAUUAUUAGAUCUCAUCGCUGUUAGUCAUACUUGUCUGCUAUAAUUAGGAGUGACCUCCCGUGGUUCUCUCCGCACUUCUAAUCAAUCCGCAUGUCAUGGGAACUCAAUUCUUGGCGCCAAAACUCAUUUGACCACGUGCCAGGGGUGCCACGUCAGUGUGCCGGGGCUAGCCUAGGGAGUUAUUUAGUUAAGCCAUCCACGUUUAUCUUAGUGGAAUCGUUAUACAUUUUAUUUGAUAGGAUAGCACGCAUCAUAUCAAUUGUCGAAAAGGGGCAACUCGAGAAGCGAAAAUGGUACAGCGUAAUUUGAGAACAAUGUCCAGGUAAAGAUUGGCUCAGUUGAGAGCAUUGUAAUGGUUAAAAUGAGUUCAGGACAUCACAGUGGACGAUAAACAUUCAUAGAUCUAAUCAAUAGAAUUCUUAAAUGUGGAGAAAAAAAAAGUGCUUUAACAGAUUAUUGAAAUGGAAUAAAUGUUUCCUCAGGCCGGAUCUAGAUUAACCAAGGCCACCGCCAUCUUUUUGAGCAUGGCCACUAUACUUCCGCUUUCGAUAUGAUACUACAGGGUUUUCCAAUUUUGUUUAGAGUUUAGCCAGCGUUAAUUUUUGUGAAGAAAAUGUAUAAAAUAAGAUUUAACAUUACGAAUUAUUUAUGAGAUUCCAACUUGAGCCAAAUGCAAAUAAUUUAAUAAUGUGUAAUAUUAUUAUGACACAAGCAUAUGGGCGGAUUGUGAAUUUCCUAUUCUAAAAAUACGGAAACGGGCCCGGGGGGGGGUAGAGGGGGGUUUAGCCUGUUCUUGAUAUAAAAUAGCCGGUUAUUUCUCCGUGACAUAUCGCCGAACGUGGUAUUAAAAAAUCAUAAAAUGGUUAAGCGUUCAUUGGCUACCAGCCAAUAUUUAUUUGGUUCCCUAUCCCAUUUAUGAGACUUUAUUAUCUGACGUGUGCUAUUAUAACCGGAAGUAAGCAAUCACGUAUACAGAGUAAAGCGUUUUUGGAUGUCCAAUUCUAAGAAUAUGGAAACGGAUGGAUACAGAUACGAAACGAUUUCAUUAAAACUCCGAACUCUUUCGUGGAGCUCAGAGAAUAAAUGCCGAUUCCAAAGUCUUUGGCGUCAUAUAAGAGCUAAUAAAAUAAAUGCCGAUUCCAAAAAGUUAUGGCGUCAUAUAAGAGCUAAUAAAAUAAAUGCCAAUUCCAAAGUCUUUGGCGUCAUAUAAGAGCUAAUAAAAUAAAUGCCGAUUCCAAAAAGUUUUGGCGUCAUAUAAGAGCUAAUAAAAUAAAUGCCGAUUCCAAAAAGUUUUGGCGUCAUAUAAGAGCUAAUAAAAUAAAUGCCGAUUCCAAAGUCUUAGGCGUCAUAUAAGAGCGUCACGAAUUGCGUUGAGAGCUAAAUCGUGAUGAUUUCAUUGACAUAACAGAAAUCGUCGUAUAUACUCAAACUCGGAAUCCGACUCUGUAACUUUUUCUUCCCCUAUUAAAGUCAUUUAUAACACCAACGAGAGAUGUAUGUGGACGAUGGAUUUAACGUAAGGAGAAAUUCCCCGAAUCUCAUAGCUACGUGUCCCUCACGAGCUAAGCGCGCGCAGAGAAACCAUUUGGAGUAGAGACUAAACUUAACCGUACCAUCCUCGAGCUUUGUCGUUGGGUGGGGGGGGGGGUGUAAAUAUCACUGGUCAUUCAGACUUUCUAUUAUCAUUCGGGGUGCUCGUUGUCCCACCCCUGGGGAGCCCUCACACAGUAUCGAUGCGUGUGUCUGCAUGCCCUGGUUGAAAGCGCCGCCCCUGCGAGUCACGUGUUUACCUUUCCCUCGCGCGCCGCCGUCAACAAUAGCAUUGACGGCACCAUGAAAUCCUGGCCACUUUUUAUCACCCCGUCAUGAGACAACGCCAUUGUGCUUUUCGCCAGUUGGGAUCCGGUUGCUAAUAAAUGCUGAUUCGAUCCUCGUCACCGUGGGGUCAUUUUUGUGGCAGGCAAACCAAUCCGUUAAUGACUCAUAUGUGGGCGGUAUCGAGUAUUUAAAAAAAGAAUAAUACACCGCUUGGAUCUUUUCCUUUUUAUCGAUACCAGAAUCACCUAUUUGUGCCAUUAUAGCAAUGGUGCGAUUUGUUUGUAGGUUUCGGUAACUAUUCGAAUAGGUCACUCUGACUACACACACCGGGCCGAUACGGUGUGCUCAGGUUGACUAUCACCGGGCCGAUACGGUGUGCUCAGGUUGACUAUCACCGGGCCGAUACGGUGUGCUCAGGUUGACUAUCACCUGGCCGAUACGGUGUGCUCAGGUUGACUAUCACCGGGCUGAUACUGUGUGCUCAGGUUGACUAUCACCGGGCCGAUACGGCGUGCUCAGGUUGACUAUCACCGGGCCGAUACGGUGUGCUCAGGUUGACUAUCACCUGGCCGAUACGGUGUGCUCAGGUUGACUAUGUUAACUUUCAGGCACCUGAGAUCAUCGGAACAAUUUCAACGUUGACAUGCUGUAUUGGGAAAUCUUUGAAAUCCUUUUGCAACCCCCUCCCAACCCCUCCCCCCACUACUAAGUCUAUCUUAUUUGAUGUGUUUUAAUGUUCAUGCAGCAAGUCUUUGUUCCUUGAAAGCUGAUGGCAAAGUUACGGUGAGAAUUGUUUCCACAUUUAAAUACACGAGCUUUACCCUUUAAAACAAAAAAAAGAAGAAUUAUUGGCACCUCACAAUUCUACCACACAAUUUUAACUCACAUUUUCGACCCCACACCCCUAAUACACAUUUCGUGCAUGCACAUUUUUGUAUUUCUUCUUUUUGUUUUGUAAUAAUCCAUCAUGUAUAAUCCAAAUAUCUCAUUUUAAAAAAAUCUGACAUGUACAUUCCUGUAAAACAUGUAUACACCUGAAAUGUUCAUUCCUAUAACACAUUUAUACACCUGAAAUGUUCAUUCUUAUAACACAUUUAUACACCUAAAAUGUACAUUCCUGUAAAACAUGUAUACACCUAAAAUGUACAUUCCUGUAAAACAUGCAUACACCUGAAAUUUACAUUCCUAUAACACAUUUAUACACCUGAGAUGUACAUUCCUAUAACAUAUUUAUACACCUGAAAUGUACAUUCCUAUAACACAUUUAUACACCUGAAAUGUCGAUUCGUAUAACAUAUUUAAACACAUUCCUUCCACAUAAUAUUAAUAAAAAUCUCACUCCACCAUCCAGACUAUUAAACACAUGUAUGUUGUGAGAUGGAAGCAUUCACGACCAAACUCUGUACUUUAAAGAUCGAGAGAAUGCACGUAUCGGAAGUGUGAAGAACGGAAAACCCAGUCGUGUUUAACCAGAAAGACUUCAACUUUAAGUAUCCUGUGACUUCCUUCAACUCAUUACACACAUUCCUGAGAUAGAAGCUUUCAAUUUAAACAUUAAUCGGCUGUCAUAAGGAGGAACUGUUUGCAAUUAUUGUCCAUGGGAUUCUAUGGAUUACAGCUUCGCUAACAUACUUUUUGCAGGGCCGGCGCUGGGAGAUGGCGAAGUGGGCGGUUUGCGGGGCCCCGCGCGUUGCCGUAGUAUAUUUAUAAUAUACCUAAGCCUACUAAUAGUUCCUAAUCCAGUCAACACAAUAUUCAGAGUUUUUAGACAGUCCAAUAGUCUGAAGGUCAGUCUGGCUCCCAUACUACCCCUUCAAUGGCUCAUUAAGCUGUUGUUUGUUUUUGACAACCUUGAUAUUGGUAUCAAUGGAGCCGCGAUGAGUCAUUUUAGGCCAGGGCAAUUAACAGUUAUAGGAAAAAAAUAUAAAUUUUACGAAACUAAGCCAGUGAACAAAUAUCCAUUAUGACUCGUCCCAUUAUGACCAGCAAGGCCCCCGUACGACAAUAACAUUUCUUAAAAUCAUAACGGCGGAAUAUAUAUAACGUCAACGGCCCCGUAAAAUUCAAUUUGCCCAGGGCCCCGCACCCUCUUAGCGGCGGCCCUGCUUUCUGGUUAAAUACCCAUAUUAAAAUGCAUAAAAAAUUAAUAAUAAAUUCAUAAACUACUUUUUUUUUAAAAAAAAUCAAAAUCGCACUACACAUCUGUCACCAUAUUUUUAGUAAAUUGUUUCUUAGAUUAAAGACCAUAGUCUAGGCUUGGAGCACACCAUUUGAUGACGUCAUAAGCCCGAUUUCUGUCCCAUGAUGGUCCCGCUGAAGUGCCAUUGUUGUGUGAUAAGGUCACCGUUACAGCCAAGGAAAUGGAAUACAAUUAAUGUGUGGCAACAGUCCUGCCAGUGUGUCAUGGCGUCAACUCCCUCUGGGAGCCCACGUGGUUGGCUCUGGUAGACUCGGCCAAUGAUUGGCGUCCACGGUUCGUUCGGUGGUGAGCUUUGACAUCAUUAGAAGUUCGUUUUGAUACAAACGACUUUCUGGUCACAGCAACAAAAUAGAUUCACUCAGGGGCGCUGUCAAUCUGGUUAGCGUUUAAAACGGAUUGUCUGUAAAUCUCAGUCAAUAAAAAGGGAAGGAAAACAACAAUACUCUGACGAUAUUUCCAUCCUGACCUGAAAGACCUUUUGAUCUCAACUUCCUUUGAUUGGCUACACAUAUAGACGCACCGAUGUCUCAACAGGGAGAAGUGCACUAUGUCAAGUCAAAGCGUUAGAUCUCUUUGCCUCCGCAUCUUUGCCACACGUUUGAAGGAUACAUUGAACCAAGGGACCCGAUGGGUGUGCUGUGCCAAUGGUGAGCUAAAGACGGGGGAGAUCAUGAUACAAGUAGAGAAAGGAGAAAUAAGGGAGACAAUGAUACAAGUAGAUAAGGGGAAGUAAGGGAGACAAUGAUACAAGUAGAUAAGGGGAAGUAAGGGAGACAAUGAUACAAGUAGAUACUGGGAAAUAAGGAAGAUAAACAUACAAAUACAAGUAGAUUAGGGGAAAUUUUGCAUAAAAUUGACAGGGGGUGCAAUCGAUGACGGCCUGGCAAAAUAUUUGAGAUAUUUCUUAACAGGAGUAGACUAUAUGUUGACAUAAAAGAUAUAAGGGAAAGAAUUCAAUUAGGUUGAGGUAUAUGAACAAUAAAACAUGUAAGGGAAGGAAUUCAAUCAGGUUGAGGUAUAUCAGGGGUCUCAAACUCGCGGCAAGACGAUAUUUUGCGGCCCGCUACCUGAGAGAAAAGUUUAGUGUUAAUGCGGCCCUAGCAUUUCCCCCAUUCUCAUAUCUAUAACGGGAACCUCCACGACGGUUUCAGUCGAAUCCCAUCGACUAGUCUAAUUCUGAUUGCUAUGAUGUUUGUCUAGAUUUGGACGUUGAUUCAAAUGGUUGAAAAAACGUUUUAAAAUCGGACUAAAGUUUUUAUUUUUAUAUAUUUUUUUUUAUAUUCUAGCAUUUUAUGAGACAAACAUGGCCAAAGUGAUGUUUUGAGAAAAGUUGAAAUACUCAGUUGGUUGGUAAGGCAUAACCAUAGUUGUGUCAAUCGUAGCCUUGUGAAACAAUAUCAAAGAAACCCUAUUAAAAUUGCCGCUAGUUUUUACGAGUGAGGGAAAUUCCGAGCCUGUCAGCUUGGUCCAUUUCAAAAUAGGGCUUGUCAAAAAGGCCUUUUCUACGAAAAAUCAAAGUUUAUUCUACCUUCAAUGUUAUCUUCCUUCUCAUAAAUAAUUCAUAAAUAUUGCCUACUCCUGCCCACUGUUUGAACACGUUUUAGCCUUUAACCUUGGAGAAGGAUGGGGUGAGUGUUAUUGUAGCAAGUGAUCUCAAAUGGCUCAUGGAUUUGGCUCUUCUUCUUGACAUUACACAGGAGCUCAAUGUACUCAACAAGAAGUUACAAGACCAGGGGCAGCUUGUCAGUGUUGCCUAUGACAAUGUCAGGGCAUUCUGCACAAAACUUUUGUUAUGGUUCUUAGAGAAAUCUCUGCCAUUGCCCAACAUGCAUAGUACUCUUAGACUUGGGCACACCAUUCAGAAGUCAAGUAUAACGAUGGCAAUUCAAAGCUACAGGAAGACUUUGAUCUCAUGUUAGCAGACUUCAAUACACACAGAACCCCUUUUCAAAUUUGUGAUGUCCCUUUCUCCUUCAAUGUGGAAGAUGCCCCCCACCCCCAUCUUUUUUUGUGUGUGCUUCAAAUGGAGCUAAUUGAUCUUCAGUGCGAUUCUAAGUUCAGUGAGGUCAAUGUAAAAACAGACAAGAAUGGCCCAUUUGGGAGAGCAUUGCCCUCCACUUCACUGAGAUUUCCAGGUUGUUCAAGCAGAUCUUAUGACUUUUUGGGAUUACUUACCUGUGUGAAAAGCUUUUUUUCUACUAAGAACUACAAGUCAAAGUUCAGGUCCAAACUUACUGAUGAGGAUCUUCAAGCUUUUCUGAGAGUCUCAUUUGCUUCCUGACUCAAGCCAAAGUUGUUCAGCUGUGGAAGAAGAAGCGCUGCCAGGUCUCUGGCAACAAGGAGUAGGAGGGAGAAAUUGAAGCCUAGUUUUUUUUUUUAUAAAGGUUGAGCCGAUUGUAACAGUUGUACUGUAAUGAAUUUGUAAUCACUUUUUUGUUUGUGGAAUACUUAAUGAGGUCCAGUCUCACUCAGACUCUUAUCUACUGCGGCCCCCGGCUGAUUAGAGUUUGAGACCCCUGAGGUAUAUGAACUGUAAAACAUACAAGGGAAGGAAUUCAUCAGGUUGAGGUGUAUAAAAUGUAAAGAUCCUAUAGAUGACAACAAAUAAAACAUUUUAACGAGUCGGCAAAAUGCCUUCGUAGGCAAACAAAAACGAUGCAGAUAAACUGAUCGUAUCCUGGGCUCCAUAGAACUCGGUCAAAUGAUGUUGGGUCUGCAGUUGGCACACCAAGAAAUAUUGAGAAAGAAGAAAAAAAAAAGUAAAUACACGGCGAUUGGUGGUCAGUAUAAAUGAGGGUCGUGUUAGAGAGAGAGAGAGAGAGAGAGAGAGAGAGAUAGCGCGGCGAAGGGUGGUCAGUAUAAGUGAGGGGCGUGGGAGAGAGAGAGAGAGAAAACAAAAACGAUGCAGAUAAACUGAUCGUAUCCUGGGCUCCAUAGAACUCGGUGAAAUGAUGUUGGGUCUGCAGUGGGCACACCAAGAAAUAUUGAGAAAGAAAAAAAAAAAAAGUAAAUACACGGCGAUUGGUGGUCAGUAUAAAUGAGGGUCGUGUUAGAGAGAGAGAGAGAGAGAGAGAGAGAGAGAUAGCACGGCGAUUGGUGGUCAGUAUAAAUGAGGGUCGUGUUAGAGAGAGAGAGAGGGGGAGAGAGAGAGAGAGAGAGAGAGAGAGAGAGAGAGAGAGAGAGCACGGCGUGUGGGGGUGUGUAUAUAUGAGGGGCGUGUGAGAGAGAGAGAGAGAGAGAGAGAGAGAGAGAGGGAGAGAGAGAGAGAGAGAGAGAGAGAGAGAGAGAGAGAGAGAGAUAGCACGGCGAUUGGUGGUCAGUAUAAAUGAGGGUCGUGUUAGAGAGAGAGAGAGAGAGAGGGAGGGAGACAGCACGUCAACGAACCUUUCUUCUUCGGGUCCUUGACUCUGAUGAUAGGUGUCUUCCUGUAACGGAUUGUGUCCUUGAUGUUUUAAAGGUUGUAGUAAACGCUGGGUCAGAUAUCAACUUUGGCUCUAUGCCCAACUUGACAUGCUGGAAGGAACAGAGAGUACGCAAGCGCUACAAGCUGACCUUUGACCCACUAGCCUCCAACCCACAAGCAAUCUCAUAGUACUCAGUACUCAAAGCAUAACAGCAAAUGCCACAAAAUGAUCUUUGUCCCAAUAGCCUCAAACCCAUAAACAAUGUCAUCAGUACUCAAACCGUAAUUAAUAGUAAGCAAAUGCUUCAAGCUGACCUUUGUCCCAAUAGCCUCCAACCCAUAAAUAAGGAAGCCCUACUCAAAACAUUUACACUAUAAGGAUUAGUCAAAUACAUAAUCUGCGUUCCUAAUGUGUGACUGUGUUAAUUGAGUCACCACCUCUUCUUUCCCUCCCCCCCCCUACCACUAACUAAGCCAAGACAUAUAGCAGUGAAAUGGUCCACGCGAUGCUCUUGAUAGUUGAUCAUUGAUGAUUGGGGGGGGGGGGGGUCAUGGAAAAUCUGGGCUUAUAUUGUAUUAACAGGGUCAGCAUUAUAAGACUAUGAGAGUCACCAAUAAACUAGGUUCUGUUUGAUUACAUUGUGGAAUCUGGUCAGAACCGAAUGUGAAAAGGGUGAGGAGUGUGUGUGUGUGUAAAAAAGUGUGUGGGGGGGNAACGGCCCAAAGGCAGACCUAGGUUUAGGUGGAAAGAUGAUGUGGAACAAGAUCUACAGCAGCUGAAAGUCCAAGCAUGGAAAAGAAAGGCAUUCGUUAGGUCUGAGUGUCCGGUAACUUUCGUGAGUGACAGGAAGCUAUUGUAUCUCAAUUCUGAUACAGAAAGCUCUCCAUUAAUACCAACUACGAUGGUCGAUUUUAAGUAUAUGUUACAGUUCUUAAAUACAUAAAUACAUUUACCCCCUGACCUGGGGGGGUAAGACAACGUUUUGGGAAUUGGUUAAGGGACAGUCUUUAAAAAAAAUUACUAAUAAUGGUUUGAUCCUUCAGUGGGUUUAAAUCAGCUGUUGGUAAAAGUCAUGACACGGGGACACAUACAGAUUCUGAAACGUUCCUUUUUGUUUCUGAUUGGUGAAGUGAACAAUGGAACAUUCCAUUGUGUUUCUGAUUGGUGAAGUGAAAAAUGGAACAUUCCAUUGUGUUUCUGAUUGGUGAAGUGAAAAAUGGAACAUUCCAUUGUGUUUCUGAUUGGUGAAGUGAACAAUGGAACAUUCCAUUGUGUUUCUGAUUGGUGAAGUGAACAAUGGAACAUUCCAUUUUGUUUCUGAUUGGUGAAGUGAACAAUGGAACAUUCCAUUUUGUUUCUGAUUGGUGAAGUGAACAAUGGAACAUUCCAUUUUGUUUCUGAUUGGUGAAGUGAACAGUGGAAUAGUCCAUUUUGUUUCAUAUUGGUGAAGUAAACAAUGGACAUUCCAUUUUGUAUCUUAUUGGUGAAGUAAACAAUGGACUUUCCAUUUUGUUUCUUAUUGGUGAAGUGAACAAUGGUAGAUUCCCUUUUUUCUGAUUGGUGAAGUAAACAAUGGAACAUUCCAUUUUGUUUCUGAUCAGUAACGUGAACAAUGGAACAUUCCCCUUUUUCCGAUUGGUGAAGUGAAUAAUAGAAAAUUCUCUUUUGUUUAUUAUUGGUGAAGUGAUCAUUGGAAAAUUCCCUUUUGUUUCUGAUUGGUGAAGUGAACAAUGGAACAUUCCCUUUUGUUACUGAUUAGUAAUGUGAACAAUGGAACAUUCCCCUUUUUCCAAUUGGUGAAGUUAAUAAUAGAACAUUAUCUCUUGUUUAUUAUUGCUGAAGUGAUCAUUGGAACAAUCCCUUUUCUUUCUGAUUGGUGAAGUGAAAAAGUGUUGUUUUUUUAAUUUGGUAAAGUGGCCAGAUUUUCUUGAAGAUAAGCCCACUCACCAUGAACGCCAUAACGUACUGCUAGUCAUUGGUGAAUACGGCUGGAGACAGGUUUAACAUCGUUCCUGUACACACACAUACACACAGACCCUAAACACAUCCAUUGUCUUUUAAAACCGGAAGUAGCGACUUUAACGCGAGACCUUCCCGGCACGUUGAUUGGCCAGCGUGCCUGAUUGGCAUAUGAAUGUAGGCUGAUCACGUGGACUGUGUCUCUAGGCGUUGGUUUGACUAGAAUAGGGAGGACGUACUUUUUACCUUGUAGAUCUCCCGUUCUGUGUGAGAGUGUACUUUUUACCUUGUAGAUCUCCCAUUCUGUGUGAGGGCGUACUUUUUACCUUGUAGAUCUCCCGUUCUGUGUGAGAGUGUACUUUUUACCUUGUAGAUCUCCCGUUCUGUGUGAGGGCGUACUUUUUACCUUGUAGAUCUCCCGUUCUGUGUGAGAGUGUACUUUUUACCUUGUAGAUCUCCCAUUCUGUGUGAGAGUGUACUUUUUACCUUGUAGAUCUCCCAUUCUGUGUGAGAGUGUACUUUUUACCUUGUAGAUCUCCCAUUCUGUGUGAGAGUGUACUUUUUACCUUGUAGAUCUCCCAUUCUGUGUGAGAGUGUACUUUUUACCUUGUAGAUCUCCCGUUCUGUGUGAGGGCGUACUUUUUACCUUGUAGAUCUCCCGUUCUGUGUGAGGGCGUACUUUUUACCUUGUAGAUCUCCCGUUCUGUGUUAGAGUGUACUUUUUACCUUGUAGAUCUCCCAUUCUGUGUGAGGGCGUACUUUUUACCUUGUAGAUCUCCCGUUCUGUGUGAGAGUGUACUUUUUACCUUGUAGAUCUCCCGUUCUGUGUGAGGGCGUACUUUUUACCUUGUAGAUCUCCCGUUCUGUGUGAGAGUGUACUUUUUACCUUGUAGAUCUCCCAUUCUGUGUGAGAGUGUACUUUUUACCUUGUAGAUCUCCCAUUCUGUGUGAGAGUGUACUUUUUACCUUGUAGAUCUCCCAUUCUGUGUGAGAGUGUACUUUUUACCUUGUAGAUCUCCCAUUCUGUGUGAGAGUGUACUUUUUACCUUGUAGAUCUCCCAUUCUGUGUGAGAGUGUACUUUUUACCUUGUAGAUCUCCCAUUCUGUGUGAGAGUGUACUUUUUACCUUGUAGAUCUCCCAUUCUGUGUGAGAGUGUACUUUUUACCUUGUAGAUCUCCCAUUCUGUGUGAGAGUGUACUUUUUACCUUGUAGAUCUCCCAUUCUGUGUGAGAGUGUACUUUUUACCUUGUAGAUCUCCCAUUCUGUGUGAGAGUGUACUUUUUACCUUGUAGAUCUCCCAUUCUGUGUGAGAGUGUACUUUUUACCUUGUAGAUCUCCCAUUCUGUGUGAGAGUGUACUUUUUACCUUGUAGAUCUCCCAUUCUGUGUGAGAGUGUACUUUUUACCUUGUAGAUCUCCCAUUCUGUGUGAGAGUGUACUUUUUACCUUGUAGAUCUCCCAUUCUGUGUGAGAGUGUACUUUUUACCUUGUAGAUCUCCCAUUCUGUGUGAGAGUGUACUUUUUACCUUGUAGAUCUCCCAUUCUGUGUGAGAGUGUACUUUUUACCUUGUAGAUCUCCCAUUCUGUGUGAGAGUGUACUUUUUACCUUGUAGAUCUCCCAUUCUGUGUGAGAGUGUACUUUUUACCUUGUAGAUCUCCCAUUCUGUGUGAGAGUGUACUUUUUACCUUGUAGAUCUCCCGUUCUGUGUGAGAGUGUACUUUUUACCUUGUAGAUCUCCCAUUCUGUGUGAGGGCGUACUUUUUACCUUGUAGAUCUCCCGUUCUGUGUGAGAGUGUACUUUUUACCUUGUAGAUCUCCCAUUCUGUGUGAGGGCGUACUUUUUACCUUGUAGAUCUCCCAUUCUGUGUGAGAGUGUACUUUUUACCUUGUAGAUCUCCCAUUCUGUGUGAGGGCGUACUUAAUGCCUUGUAGAUCUCCCAUUCUGUGUGAGAGUGUAAUUUUUGCCUUGUAGAUCUCCCGUUCUGUGUGAGAGUGUACUUUUUACCUUGUAGAUCUCCCAUUCUGUGUGAGGGCGUACUUAAUGCCUUGUAGAUCUCCCAUUCUGUGUGAGAGUGUAAUUUUUACCUUGUAGAUCUCCCGUUCUGUGUGAGAGUGUACUUUUUACCUUGUAGAUCUCCCAUUCUGUGUGAGGGCGUACUUAAUGCCUUGUAGAUCUCCCAUUCUGUGUGAGAGUGUACUUUUUACCUUGUAGAUCUCCCGUUCUGUGUGAGAGUGUACUUUUUACCUUGUAGAUCUCCCAUUCUGUGUGAGGGCGUACUUAAUGCCUUGUAGAUCUCCCAUUCUGUGUGAGGGCGUACUUUUUACCUUGUAGAUCUCCCAUUCUGUGUGAGAGUGUAAUUUUUACCUUGUAGAUCUCCCGUUCUGUGUGAGAGUGUACUUUUUACCUUAUAGAUCUCCCAUUCUGUGUGAGGGCGUACUUAAUGCCUUGUAGAUCUCCCAUUCUGUGUGAGAGUGUAAUUUUUACCUUGUAGAUCUCCCGUUCUGUGUGAGAGUGUACUUUUUACCUUGUAGAUCUCCCAUUCUGUGUGAGGGCGUACUUAAUGCCUUGUAGAUCUCCCAUUCUGUGUGAGGGCGUACUUUUUACCUUGUAGAUCUCCCGUUCUAUGUGAGAGUGUACUUUUUACCUUGUAGAUCUCCCAUUCUGUGUGAGAGUGUAAUUUUUACCUUGUAGAUCUCCCGUUCUGUGUGAGAGUGUAAUUUUUGCCUUGUAGAUCUCCCAUUCUGUGUGAGAGUGUAAUUUUUACCUUGUAGAUCUCCCAUUCUGUGUGAGAGUGUACUUUUUACCUUGUAGAUCUCCCAUUCUGUGUGAGAGUGUAAUUUUUACCUUGUAGAUCUCCCGUUCUGUGUGAGAGUGUACUUUUUACCUUGUAGAUCUCCCAUUCUGUGUGAGAGUGUAAUUUUUACCUUGUAGAUCUCCCAUUCUGUGUGAGGGCGUACUUUUUACCUUGUAGAUCUCCCAUUCUGUGUGAGAGUGUACUUUUUACCUUGUAGAUCUCCCGUUCUGUGUGAGAGUGUACUUUUUACCUUGUAGAUCUCCCAUUCUGUGUGAGUGCGUACUUUUUACCUUGUAGAUCUCCCAUUCUGUGUGAGGGCGUACUUUUUACCUUGUAGAUCUCCCGUUCUGUGUGAGGGCGUACUUUUUACCUUGUAGAUCUCCCAUUCUGUGUGAGAGUGUACUUUUUACCUUGUAGAUCUCCCGUUCUGUGUGAGAGUGUACUUUUUACCUUGUAGAUCUCCCGUUCUGUGUGAAAGUGUACUUUUUACCUNUGGGUAGUCCAGCUCCCGCCAGCCCAUGGGUAGUCCAGCUCCCGCCAGCCCAUGGGUAGUCCAGUUCCCGCCAGCCCAUGGGUAGCCCAGUUCCCGCCAGCCCAUGGGUAGCGCAGCUCCCACCAGCCCAUCGGUAGUCCAGCUCCCGUCAGCCCAUCGGUAGUCCAGCUUCCGUCAGCCCAUCGGUAUUCCAGUUCCCGCAAGCCCAUGGGUAGUGCAGCUCCCGCCAGCCCAUGGGUAGUCCAGCUCCCGUCAGCCCAUCGGUAGUCCAGUUCCCGCCAGCCCAUGGGUAGCCCAGUUCCCGCAAGCCCAUGGGUAGUCCAGCUCCCGCCAGCCCAUGGGUAGUCCAGCUCCCGCCAGCCCAUGGGUAGUCCAGUUUUUGCCAGUAUCAACAGGUGUCGUGAUGACAGAAACAUGUAUAAUUGUAGAUCUUGUUGACCUCAAGAUAGACUAACAGUAAUGCACUUUUAAAGUAGUUUCCCCCGUCACUACGACUGAAUAUCGUAAACAUAUCGUACGAAUUGUGUUUUGAACAGAAGUCCAACUAAGAGUCCAGGAUCUAAAUUUACAUUAAAAGUACACAUUAUGGAAUAUUCUUCACGCGUGCACGAACGCACGGAAGCACGUGCGUGCACACUCACUUAUAAAUACACACACACACACAGAGAAACACCACAACAAACACAUUACAAAAAAUAUGUCUCAAAUACUACUUCACUUUAAAAUCGAUGCCAAAUAUUUCGCUUGAAAUGAUGCAUUCGAUGCGGUAUUUGAACUGUAUUUUCCACUAAGAUGUAUGAAGGUUGAAACUCAACCAUUUACAUCAUUUAAAUUCCAACUAACCCGAACACUUUAAAAAAAAAAGCCAUAUACUUGUAUGUCAACUGUUGAAGGCCUAACUUGAUUUUCGUUACAAAACGCAAUGUUUCGUGUCAAUCAUAAGGCUUAGAUACAUUUAUUAAGUCAAGUUGUUUGAUUUCUAAAGGAAAUGGUCCGAAAAGCGGCGCAAUGAAUCGAAUAGAUGAAGCAUAAACAGUGGAUUUUGCUUUUUCUUAUCCUCAGCAUUCCCAGAUCAUGAGUCCUACAAACAUGUCCUCUGGUCUCGUGCCGGUCCUGGUCCUGACUGUGGUCGCCUGCCUGAUGCUCACAGACAACGUCUCGGCAAGCGCUCGCUACAGGGUGGGCUAUAUGUUCGGCAAGCGAGGUAUCGAGUCCCCGAGUACAAGUUUUAUCGAUACCAUUUCCAGGUAAGAUCCAUCUACAAUCUGUGUUGGCAUUGACUUUGACUCAAUUUGACUGAAAGACGCACUCUGCUCUUCCGUAAACGUUAAGACGUUGCUGUGAGAUGGAGUGAACAUUUUCAAUGACAUCAAAAUUCCACUUGCCUCAUGUUGCUAAUCCACCAAACGAGACUAAGUUUAGUCUAAAACGAACGUUUGGCAGGCACUGCAGGAGUUUGAACUCCCUGUGUGUUUGACAGGCCCUGCAGGAGUUUGAACUCCCUGUGUGUUUGGCAGGCCCUGCAGGAGUUGAACUCCCUGUGUGUUUGGCAGGCCCUGCAGGAGUUGAACUCCCUGUGUGUUUGACAGGCAUUGCAGGAGUUGAAGUCCCUGUGUGUUUUGCGGGCACUGCAGGAUUUCAACUCCCAGUGUGGUUCACUCUGACCGAUGCUCCGGGGGUAGGGUGGGGGGGGGGGUCUUUUAAAACAUCCCUAAAAGCUCAAAACCACCAUUUUAAUUUUUUUCAUGUAAUCGAUUCCAGUAUCGCAUUUGACGUCAUCAUUUCAGGUCAUUAAGGGGUGAACUAUAAGCACAACCACCAAAAAUGAUAUUUCGUCAUCGUUUGUAAAUGCCAGGCCCAAAGGUAAUCGCCAGACACACACACACACAGCAGCAGCACAAUUGGCCAUUGUGUACCUACCAGCGAGAUGCGCCCCGAGCUGUUGAUCGUGUUAGUGAUAUCCGAGCAAUCAAUCGGGCGCUAUUAGUCGGCGCAUUUAAUGGCCAGCGCCAGGCGGUAAAUUACUAGAUGAUAUGGUUUCCUAUCUUAAAUGAAAGGUUGUUUGUUGUUUUUUUUUGUCGUAGCAACUGAUCCGACGUUCUUGGGCCAAAACUGGAGACCAACGGAUCCCCGGAUGACAAGAGUCCAGCCGCGGGGCACACGUUUAGUACACCACGCUAGGUCUACAGUUUUCUAAUAAAACCGGAUGACCACAACUACUGACCUUCUGGUGUGUACUUCCUGGUGUGGUGUGUGAUUGGUCAGCCUCUGCUGCUGGACGACACCUACACCAGAAUUUUAGUAGGAGUUAGUGUGGAACUGACCACUGCUUGUAUAAAUCUUGACAUCUGGCCUCGUGAAGAGAGCCACCCUCAAUUGUGUUCGGGUUGCCACAAUCUCCACACAGAAAAAACCCAUUCCUCUCUACAUUCUUCAUUAAACUUCAGAAUUCGUUGGCUCAGCAUCCAGGCGACUCAAAUCCUAUUUGUGUAUGUGUUUCGCCGAGUAGAACUUGUUUGACAAUAAAAACACUAAUGUUGCUCUUCUGUUCAUGUUUCAGAGAGAUGAAAACGAAACAGGAAGUGGAGUCAUUGAUAUUGAAAAAUCCGGAGGUUUUGUCAGAGGUCCUCACGAUAUUAGACAAAAAUGGUCAGUGCCUGCCUGGGUUGUCUCUCUCACUUUUUAUAUCUCUCUCUCUCUCUCUCUCUCUCUCUCUCGUUCUCUCUCUGUGUUUCUCUCUUUUGUGUAUUUUUCUCCAUGUAUGUGUCUGUCCGCUGAGUGUGUCUCUGUGUAUGUUUGUCUCUUUGUGUCUCUCUUUACUCUCACUCUCAGUGUCUCUAUAUUUACUCUCUCUCUCUCUCUGUCUCUCUAUCUGCAUAUCUGUCUCACUCUGUUUGUGUGUAUCCUCUCUCUUUGUUUCUCGCUUUCCCCUGUACUCCAUCUCACCGUAUGGCGCCUGCUCUCUAUUUCUUUAUCUUAUAACUAAAUAGAUUUAGCAGAGAAAUUUUGCAUUUUUAUGCACCCAAAUGAAUCAGAUGGGCUUUAAGUUUGUGACCAUAUUGUCAUGUGUCUUACACCACUCAGCCAGCGACCAUAAAAUCAUUUUAGGCUUAGCUGUUUGGUUUUGUUUGUAUGUUUUUACCAACUGUUUGUAUUCAUAUUAGGUUGUCUCCUUAAAAGGCAUUUUAUUGAACUUCGUUAAAGGUUCCACACACUUGUUAUGAGACGUGGCUUACGUCAUUAUUCUCUUUUUAAUUGGGGGGGGGGGGGCCUUUGCAACAAAAAAAAAAAAAAAANAAAAAAGGGGGGGGGGGUGUCAUUAUCUCGUUUGUAUUCCUGAGUUUGUUUUCAACCAAGAAUUACCAUUGCAACCACCGUAACACGUAACAAAUAAACGUAUUUCACCGUAACACGUAACAAAUAAACGUAUUUUCACGUCAUUAGAAAACAAACCAAAAAUGAAACAUUCACACUAAAAUUUAACCAAAAAAACCGACCGACAACCCACCACCAACUGUCUUUUCUUGUCCCUGUCUCCACCAGACGAUGGCUACAUCACAGUCUCAGACGUGCUCUGAGCUCGCUCGUGGGGGGCGCGGGGUCACGUGACGACCUCCAGCCAACACAGAGAGAGCACGUGCCAAGUGACCUCGACACGGCAGAGUCAGAUGCCCUUUACAAACUCUAUUAUUUUAAAUUUAAAAAAAAAAAUAGAACUUUCCAUUCAUUGGGCCACGUGCCUGUGCCAAGGCAAAUCACAUCUUUCAAUAGAGAUUUUAGGCAGGUUCUCAUGUUACGAUCUGCGCCAACAGAAUGAUGUCAAAUAAUUUUUUAUUUUGUUAAAACGAAACUUUGAAAAGCAAAUGUUCACCAAAACCUCUAGUGUAAGGACGUCCUUUUAAGAUGUGUUUGUUUGUAAAGAAGAAGAAGAAGAAGAAUAAAACAAUUCACCAUAAUC